UCCGAUCCCUGAAACCGGACUCCAUGUGUCGUUCGGCUCCGUGAUCCUCCGCUUGUGAAGGCCGUCGGCGGUGACUCUCCCCCACUUCCGGUCUCUCCUCCCGUCUCUCUGCCAUUCUCCCUCUUUCUCCUCCUUCGCUGUUCUUCCCUUACCCCACCCGCCCCCCGAGUCUCCUCGACAACCCCCCUCCCUCCUCCUUUGGGCCUCUCCUCCUGCGUCGCCCCCAGUUGAUCCUGAUUACAAGUCAAAAGGGUGGCUUUUUGAUGAUGGCAGUUCGCGUCAUCGACAAAGAUCAAGAAACCCCGAUUUCUAAUCAGAUUCGGUCUCCGGUUCUAGUUUAAUACGGACUCCGCGGGAGGGAGUUUCUGUCUUUGGUUGUUCCCUAUUUACCUCUCGAUUCUUCUGCUCGACUCGAACCAGCGACCCUGCUCCUCGGCCUCCUCCACCGUCCCAACGAACACGCCCUUGCCUCGCCGCCUCAUCGUGGUCCACUCUCCCUCCAUUGCAGUCUUCGACUUCGCAGUGCCAUCAUCUUGUAUACCCUUCGCUGUGCCUUGGACGGUACUCUUACGAGGCGUUCCCUCUCAGCUCAGCGCCUUGCAGCCCCCUUUGCGGCUCCAGAUUCUUGAGCCUUGUCCACCUGACAUCCGACCCCGCGCCCGCCCUUCACGGUCUCUGAUCGUUGGAAGAAGAAGAGAAUGAAGGGUGGAUUGCUUUUCCGUGGGUGGAAGACACUGACCUCGAGAGGUUUUUCCUCUUUGAAUGAUAAAUCUCUUCGUGUCUGCGUCAUUGGCAGCGGCCCUGCUGGUUUUUACACUGCUGAGAAGAUGUUGAAGGCACAUGAAAGAGCAGAAGUUGAUAUUCUUGACCGGUUGCCAACACCAUUUGGAUUAGUUCGCUCGGGAGUGGCACCAGAUCAUCCUGAAACAAAGAUUGUUGUUAACCAGUUCUCUCGGGUUGCUUCAAAUGAGAGGUGCUCAUUCUUCGGGAAUGUAUCACUAGGAUCUGAUGUUUCUUUGUCUGAACUCCGUGAUAUGUAUGAUGUGGUUGUUGUUGCUUAUGGUGCUGAAAGUGACAGAUCUCUUGGUGUCCCAGGGGAAAAUUUGAAAGAGAUAUACUCGGCAAGAGAGUUUGUGUGGUGGUACAAUGGACAUCCUGACUGCCGUUACAUGGCACCUGAUUUGAAGUGUACUGAUACAGCUGUAGUACUUGGCCAGGGUAAUGUGGCUCUUGAUGUUGCACGUAUUCUUUUGCGACCUAUGAGCGAGUUGCAGACAACAGAUAUUGCUGAACACGCUUUAGUUUCUCUUCAGGAAAGCACCAUAAGAAAGGUUUACUUGGUUGGAAGACGAGGCCCAGCACAGGCAGCUUGCACAGCAAAGGAACUGCGUGAAAUUCUUGGCAUGAAAAUUCUGCAAGUUCACAUUCGGGAAGCUGAUCUAGUUAUAUCUCCUGCUGAUGAAGAAGAACUAAAGGCUAGUAGAAUACAGAGACGAGUCUACGAUUUGCUAUGUAAAUCAGCUACUUCCCAUCAGGGACAUGAUUUUGCUGGCCAGCGAGAACUUCAUUUUAUAUUCUUCAGGAAACCCGACAAAUUCUUGCCUUCAGAGGAUCAGUCCAGAGUUGGAGGUGUACGACUUGAAAAGACUUGUCUGAAAGCAAAUGGUCUUUCUGGAAAACAGGUCGCGAUUGGAACUGGACAGUUUGAAGACCUCAAUUGUGGUUUGGUAUUGAAGAGCAUUGGUUACAAAUCUGUGCCGGUUGAUGGAUUGCCUUUUGAUAAAUACAGAGCAGGUGUAGUACCCAAUGUGAAAGGCAGAGUGCUCAGCAGCGACCAGCCCGAGAAUGUUAACAUAGAGCAAGGAUUAUAUGUUGUUGGGUGGUUGAAAAGAGGGCCGACAGGAAUAGUUGCAACAAACCUCUAUUGCGCUGAAGAAACUGUUGCAAGCAUUUUGGAAGACAUCGAUAACGGUUUGAUUGCGUCACCGUCCGGAUCACCUAAACCAGGCAGGCAAGGGCUCCUCCAAGCUCUGGAAGAUAAGAAUGUCAGGUUUGUGCCAUUCGGUGGAUGGGAGAAGAUAGACUCCAAGGAAAAGUUGGAAGGUCAACUGAGAAACAAGCCAAGAGAAAAGCUAACAACAUGGGAUGAACUCCUCAAAGCUGCACUUGGAUGAUGAACAGAAAGUGUAGCUUUUCCUACAUUAUUUUUUCUGGGCUAUUUCUGUUGCUCAAAAUAAGUUUCAAUUUCGAGGAGUUCAAAGUUAAUGAAUUCAUUCAAUAACAAAUUAAGAAAUUUGUAGGCCACAGAACAACAUGCUUCAAUGUUCUUUGAAAUUCCAAGAUGGAUUGUCAAAGGUGAAAUGGAGAACUUUGUUUGGCUCA